AUGAUUAAAUUACCUUUUAUUAGAACAAAACCUCAUAUUAAUAUAGGAACAAUUGGUCAUGUAGAUCAUGGAAAAACUAGUUUAACUUCGGUUAUUACAAAAGUUUUAUCUUUACUCAAUAAAAAUACUAAAGCUAAAUCUUAUAAAGAAAUUGAUUCAUCUAAAGAAGAACAAAUUCGUGGAAUUACAAUUAAAACAACUCAUGUAGAAUAUGAAACUCUUCAAAAACAUUAUGCUCACAUAGACUGUCCCGGACAUGCUGAUUAUAUUAAAAAUAUGAUUAUAGGCGCCACCCAAAUGGAUGGGGCUAUUUUGGUAGUUUCAGCCGUCGAAGGACCAAUGCCUCAAACUAGAGAGCAUAUUUUAUUAGCAAAACAAAUAGGUAUUCAAAAAUUAAUAGUCUUUAUUAAUAAAGAAGAUUUAGUAUCAGAUCCUGAAAUAUUAGAUUUAGUAGAAUUAGAAAUUAAAGAUUUACUUAAUGAAUAUGGCUUUAUAGAUCCUAAUAUUCCUUGUAUUUCCGGAUCAGCUCUUAAGGCUUCUGAAGCAUUAUCUCAUAUGUAUGAUACUUUGGACUCAAAUAAUAUUUGGAUUUCUAAAAUCUUAAAUUUAAUAAAUAUUAUGGAUACUUAUAUACCAAUCCCUAUUCGUAAUGAAACUUUACCUUAUUUGAUGAGUAUAGAAAGUAUUUUUUCAAUAAUAGGGCGAGGAACGGUAGUAACUGGUCGAGUAGAACGAGGGAUUAUUGAAAUUAAUGAUACUGUUGAACUUGUAGGGUAUUUUACGAAUAAAUUAGUAACUGUAAUAAGUUUAGAAAUGUUUCAAAAAACGUUAUCUAAAUGUAUUCCAGGGGAUAAUAUAGGUGUUUUACUUAGAGGUAUUCAAAAAUCUGAAAUAAAAAGAGGUAUGGUAUUAGCUAAACCAAAUUCUAUUAAAGCAUAUAAUUUAUUUGAAGCAGAAGUAUAUAUUUUAAAAUCUGAAGAGGGUGGUAGAAAAAAACCAUUUGUUACUGGGUAUAAACCGCAAUUUUUCAUACGAACUGUCGACAUUACAGGAACAGUUACGAAAAUUAUUUCAGAUAUGCCUUCUCAGGUAUUAUCUAUGGUACUUCCUGGAGAUAAAGUAUGUCUUGAAAUUAAAUUAUUAUAUAAAAUUGCUCUUGAGAAAGGAUUACAUUUUGCUAUUAGAGAGGGUGGUAAAACAAUUGGAGCUGGAAUUAUUGUAACUGUUAAAAAUUAA